AUAUAAACCUUUUUUUUUUCUGUUCUCUUCUGAAUUAUUCAAGUAGUAUACGUGGUAUGUUUUUGUAUUAAAAAGUAUAUUGUUAUUACUUUUAUUACUUUUGACCUGACAGAUAUCUGUUAAGUGUGAUUCUGGUUAUUCGCCGUCGGAGGAAAUGACCACUACUUGCAGAUACGGAGAAUGGGAAAAUCAGCAGUUUCCGGAGUGUGUCCCUAAGCCAUGCAGACUGACACUCUUCGAUGGAACUUCUUUUUGGGUCGAUUCACAAUUGUUAACCAAAGCAAAUGGAAGAACACAUAUAUUUGACAAUGUACAAAACUUCAGAUUGCUUGCGACAAUGGCUACAAAAUGGAAGAUAUGAAUUCCAAGAAAACUGUUAAUAAUAUUUUAAGAUAUUCUACUUGUUCGUUGGGAAGCUGGACCAAUCGAUAUAAAUGUAUACCAGAGGGAUGUUCAGUUCCAACAGUCUCAAACGCAAGGGUGCAGCAAAAGGCUGCAAGUAAAUAUAAACAUAUGGAAGAGAUAACCGUUGUUUGCAAGAAAAGAUUCCAUUUCAACCAGACUGUUACAACAAAAGUGACUAAAUUUGAAACAACUUGUAACUUAGGAAACUGGACAGAUAAUAUUCCACAGGAAUGUAUACCAGACGGGUGCCAACUAGUCAUACACAAAGGAUCUAACUAUUAUUUAGCCAACACUAACGAAUCAAUAACAAAUGCUGGGUUGAUGGAACAUGGAACAGAGAUUCAGUUGCAGGGUACGGAACGAUUUGACUUAUUUGACGACAAAAACAACAUUUUCCUAGAUAAAAACAACAUGCCUACAGUUAUCUGUUACCAAGGAGAAUGGAAAAAUAAACACUUCUGUAAGGAAGUUAUCUGUGAUCCCAAAUGCUUACAUGGUGGUAAAUGCGUCGGACCUGGUAAAUGUGUUUGUCCAGAGGGACGUUUUGGAUCAAACUGUGAACAGGCUGGAUGCAUAUUGCCCGAAAACGCUCCAAAGGUUAAAAGUAAAAAGAUGUUUUAUCAACCAAGGGGCAAUGUUACUGAUUUCGAAUGUGAAUAUAAUGAGGUCCUCUCAUCUACGACUGGAAUGACAUGUCUAGAAGAUGGAUCGUGGUCAAAUAGUGUACAGUGUUUGAAAGUAAAUGUCUAUUUGAUAAGAGUUAAAACAGAUGACAGUUACACAAAGCUAGUUGGAACUGAUGCGAAAGUAUACAUUUACUUACAUGGUCCUGCUGGAAGAACAAAUAGGCUAAAUUUGCGCGGCAACUUUGACCGCAACGACUUAGAUGAAACAAGCGUUCAAGCGCUGGACGUUAGACCAAUUACAUAUGUAAGGAUUGGACAUGAUGGUAGCGGAUGGAAUGCAGAAUGGCGCAUACAAUUUGUAUCAAUUUUUGUUGAGAAUAUGAACGAAUACUACGUGUUUAGAAAGAAAGGACCCGUGUGGGUGUACGAAAAUGAAGACGUACUAGUACCAAGAUUAGAUUGCAUCCUCACUUUCCACAAAGGUAGAAAAGAGAAACCAAUUUGGGAUAAAAAUCCACAUACAUGGAUCGUAGAAAACAUGUCCGAACAAGCAUGCCUGCAAGGAUGUACAGAACUCAGUCCAUUUCGGUGCAAUGCUGUAGAAUACAACCCGUUACGUAAAACUUGCUGGGGUCUCGCUUACUCUGCUGACAAUUACUUUUCCUCCAGAAGAGGUAACUGGAAGUCUCAUGUAUAUAGACCAUAUUGUCUGUAUCAGUGAACAUUUGGUCAAGAAUAAUACAUAAAAUGUGUGCUUUAAAACAGACGUAAAGUUCUCCAUUGUAACAUUACGUUGCCUUAAAAUUCAUUUGCAAUACAAAGGGGCACUUCUUAUCAUUUUAUUAAUUUAGUGAAACUUAUAUGUUAACAUAUUUAACUUGGAUGCUAUAUUCAAGAAGGUAUAGAGAGCAUUUUGGAUCUGAAUCUAAAUGCUGAAUUAAAUUAGGUAGCAAAAUCAUAUUUGGGCAUCAUUUUGGCUAAUUUAUUUCAUCCUUUCAUACUUCUAACAUGGAGCCGAAUUUUCCAAUAGAAUUUACUACGCAAUAGAAUGUAUUACAUGCUAAUAAAGAAAGAAACCAAUAAAUCAAUCAAUAAAUAAAUGAUUUUAAUACUUUAUCUAUGUAGACGAAUUCGAUAACUUGGGUUUAUCCAAUAAGGCUAUAUAUACAUUUAUUACAACAAUUACACAUUAAUAACCAGAGUAUUAUUUUCUUAAAUGUUAAAUUGAUUUUAAAGGUUGUUAAUCAGAUUUGUUCGAAACGUAAGUAUGUGAUCAUUUACACUUGUCUGUGUUAACAGUUUUAUAUGAGUUGGAUUUACACUAGAUAUGGCUUUAAAACUUUCCCAUACUGGUUGCCCAAACAAGAAAUGGAGUUAUAAAUUAUUAUAAAUAAUGUUUCAUAUCUGUUCAAGAUUUGCAUUAACCUAAAGUUUAUUAGAAACCGAAGUUUGAAAACUUAUUACCUCCCUUUAUAUAUCGUGGUUUCGCGGGCAAGAUAGAUUAGAAAUAAACGAAUUAUAAGCUUAGAAACUACACUGAGUUUUAUCAAUUGGUGUUUUGGUGCAGAUUGUUAAUAUCUCCAACUAUUUAUUAAAUGCAAAUUUAGUUAACUUGGAUAUACUAUCUUUCUUAAAAUAACACGCGAUAUGAAAAUGUAAAUUUAAGAUUAGUGUGUAAUGAGCGAAUCUUUUUAAUCGUAAGCACAUAUCUCAGAAACAAGCACAUGGAUCUGUACUCUAUAUUUCAUCAUUUCAUAAAACAUGUGUUUAUUAAUUGCUGUGAGAAAUUUCAUUAAAAUCUACAUUGAAGAAAUA